AUGUCAGGCAAACUCUCCGGUAAGGUCGCGCUCGUGACUGGUGGUGGUUCAGGUUUUGGCGCUGCCAUCUCUCAGUACUUUGUCAAGGAGGGCGCCAAAGUCUUCAUCGGCGACAUCAACCUGACGGGCGCCAAUGCCAUUGCGAAGGAGUUCCCCGGGCAGGUCAUCACCGGCCAGCUCAACGUCACAAAACGAGAAGAGUGGGACGCCGCCGUUCAGAAGAUCAAGAAAGAAUUUGGCCGGCUCGAUAUCCUCGUCAACAACGCAGGCACGUCAUACAAGAACAAGCCCACACUGGAGGUCACAGUAGAGGAGUACCAGCGCACGUUUGAUGUGAACUGUUUUGGCAUCUUCCAUUCCGUUCAGGCCGUGUUCCCUACCUUCAUCGAACAAGGAAGCGGUUGCUGCCUGAAUAUUUCAUCCUGCGGAGCCGACCGACCAAGACAAGGCCUGGUCUGGUACAACGCGACCAAAGGCGCAGUGUCAAAUGCAACCAAGGGUCUCGCCCUAGAGUACGGCCCACAGAAGAUCAGAGUGAAUUCGAUCUGCCCGCUCUUGUCUGGCACUGGACUGUUUGAGGCCUUUGCUGGGGUUCCUGAUACGCCAGAAAACCGACAGAAGUUCCUUUCUAACGUUCCGCUGGGUAGAUUGGGCCAAGUGGAGGAUGUUGCCAAAGCGGCUGUGUUCCUGUGUUCUGAUGACGGCGAGUUUGUUACUGGUGUCAACAUGUCUGUUGAUGGUGGUAGAUCGAUCUAA